GUAACGGUAUAUAAAAGUGAAGACGUACAGGCUACACGGCUACACCUUUAGCAGUUCGUGAGUCGUGAGGAAGCAUCAUUGAUCCACGAGAUUUUAUCGAGUUUUUUGCGAGAAGUUAUAGACGCAGCUUGAAGCUUUCAAACAAAAGAGCACUAUGCAGAUUUUCGUGAAGACGUUGACUGGAAAGACCAUAACUCUUGAGGUUGAGGCUUCUGACACUAUCGAGAACGUGAAAGCAAAGAUUCAGGACAAAGAAGGCAUCCCACCUGACCAGCAGCGUUUGAUCUUUGCUGGAAAACAGCUUGAAGACGGACGUACCUUGUCUGACUACAAUAUCCAAAAGGAAUCGACUCUUCACUUGGUUCUUCGAUUACGUGGCGGAAUGCAGAUUUUUGUUAAAACCCUGACUGGAAAGACCAUCACUUUGGAGGUAGAGGCUUCUGAUACGAUUGAGAAUGUCAAAGCGAAAAUUCAAGAUAAAGAAGGCAUCCCACCAGAUCAGCAGAGAUUGAUCUUUGCUGGAAAGCAACUUGAGGAUGGUCGUACUCUCUCAGAUUAUAAUAUUCAAAAGGAAUCAACCUUGCAUUUGGUUCUUCGUUUGCGUGGUGGAAUGCAGAUUUUUGUCAAAACUCUCACAGGAAAAACCAUCACAUUGGAAGUCGAGGCUUCGGACACGAUCGAAAACGUCAAAGCAAAAAUUCAAGAUAAGGAAGGAAUUCCUCCGGAUCAGCAAAGAUUGAUCUUUGCUGGCAAACAACUUGAGGACGGUCGCACACUUUCUGAUUACAACAUUCAAAAAGAAUCAACGUUGCAUUUAGUUCUCCGAUUGCGUGGUGGUAUGCAAAUUUUUGUUAAAACAUUGACGGGAAAGACCAUCACAUUGGAGGUUGAAGCGUCAGACACGAUCGAGAACGUCAAAGCCAAAAUUCAGGAUAAGGAAGGAAUCCCACCGGAUCAGCAGAGGUUGAUCUUCGCCGGAAAGCAGCUAGAGGACGGCCGCACGCUUUCAGAUUAUAACAUUCAAAAAGAAUCAACGUUGCAUUUAGUUCUCCGUUUGCGUGGUGGUAUGCAAAUUUUCGUUAAAACAUUGACUGGAAAGACCAUUACAUUGGAAGUUGAGGCAUCGGACACGAUCGAAAAUGUCAAAGCCAAAAUUCAGGAUAAGGAAGGAAUCCCUCCAGAUCAACAGAGGUUAAUCUUUGCUGGAAAACAGCUGGAAGAUGGUCGUACACUUUCUGACUACAAUAUUCAGAAAGAAUCAACCUUGCAUUUGGUUCUCCGUUUGCGUGGUGGUAUGCAAAUUUUCGUCAAAACGUUGACGGGAAAGACCAUCACAUUGGAAGUUGAGGCAUCGGACACGAUCGAAAAUGUCAAAGCCAAAAUUCAGGAUAAGGAAGGAAUCCCUCCAGAUCAACAGAGGUUAAUCUUUGCCGGAAAACAGCUGGAAGAUGGCCGUACACUUUCUGACUACAAUAUUCAGAAAGAAUCAACCUUGCAUUUGGUUCUCCGUUUGCGUGGUGGUAUGCAAAUUUUCGUUAAAACAUUGACUGGAAAGACCAUCACAUUGGAAGUUGAGGCAUCGGACACGAUCGAAAAUGUCAAAGCCAAAAUUCAGGAUAAGGAAGGAAUCCCUCCAGAUCAACAGAGGUUAAUCUUUGCCGGAAAACAGCUGGAAGAUGGUCGUACACUUUCAGACUACAACAUUCAGAAAGAGUCUACGUUACAUUUGGUCUUGAGGCUUCGUGGUGGUAUGCAGAUUUUUGUUAAAACUCUCACUGGCAAAACCAUUACAUUGGAGGUUGAAGCUUCGGACACAAUUGAAAAUGUCAAAGCCAAAAUUCAAGAUAAGGAAGGAAUCCCUCCGGAUCAGCAGAGAUUAAUCUUCGCUGGAAAACAACUGGAAGAUGGCCGUACACUUUCCGACUACAACAUUCAGAAAGAAUCGACCUUGCAUUUGGUUCUCCGUUUGCGUGGUGGUAUGCAAAUUUUCGUCAAAACCUUGACGGGAAAGACCAUCACAUUGGAGGUUGAAGCGUCAGACACGAUCGAGAACGUCAAAGCCAAAAUUCAGGAUAAGGAAGGAAUCCCACCGGAUCAGCAGAGGUUGAUCUUCGCCGGAAAGCAGCUAGAGGACGGCCGCACGCUUUCAGAUUAUAACAUUCAGAAAGAAUCCACUCUGCAUUUAGUUUUGAGGCUUCGUGGAGGUAUGCAGAUAUUUGUCAAGACUUUAACUGGCAAAACUAUAACACUAGAGGUCGAGGCUUCGGACACAAUCGAGAACGUGAAGGCGAAAAUUCAAGACAAAGAGGGCAUUCCUCCCGAUCAGCAAAGACUGAUUUUCGCUGGCAAACAACUCGAGGACGGACGAACUUUGUCCGACUACAAUAUUCAAAAAGAAUCCACACUCCACCUUGUACUUCGACUUAGAGGUGGAGAUAUCUAAUUUCACACUUUUUAUCAUCACUACUAAGCAUCGCGUUGUAUUAAAUUGUUUAAUUUUAUUAGAAUAAAUUCUAUUAUAUGAGUUUUUAAUUUUAUUAAUUUGCACACAAAGAAGUACGCGAAAGUCGCACAUAGGAUAUUUUGGUUGGCGAAUAAAGAAAUUGACUUUGCAUAUUAUAAUGUCUCAUUUUUUACCAUCUUUAAUAUCGCUAUUUUAUAAUAAAUUAUAUUACACAAAUUCUUAAUUUUAUUAAUUUGCGCUCAAAGAAAUACAAAGUUUUACGUAGGAUAUUUUGAUUGAUAAAUAAAUUUGCAUAUUAUA